CCUUCCCACACACACCGAUUCACUUCUUUACUCAUUACUCUCUCUAGAAAAUCAUUUUCGAAACCAAGAAAAAAACACUCCCAGAAAGAAACAAGAAAAAAAAAAUGGCGAAUUCGAUUGUGCUUAUGGCGAUUCUUCUUCUCCCGACGCUGGUCAUGGCUGCGAGGCCAAACAGGAACCCCUUCGUUGUUCGAGGUCGCGUCUACUGCGACACAUGCCGUGCCGGUUUUGAAACUCCGGCCUCUACUUACAUCCCCGGUGCCGUGGUUAAACUGGAAUGCAAAGACAGGAGAUCAAUGGAGUUGGUGUACAGCCACGAGGCUAGAACCGACUCAACGGGGGCAUACAAGAUCUGGGUUAACGAGGACCAUGAGGACCAGCUCUGCGAUAUCAUGCUCGUCAAGAGUCCUCAACUAGGCUGCUCCAAGGUCUCUCAUGGACGUGAACGUGCCCGGGUUACCCUCACCCGGUACAACGGCAUCGCUUCAGAUGACCGAUACGUUAACAACAUGGGGUUCGAGAGAGAUGAGGCCUUAUCAGGUUGCUCUGAGAUCAUGAGGCAAUACCAAGAAAACGAAGAGUAAGCCACUUACAUCCUAAGUCCAUGCAGUAGUUUGUGUUUUCCGUCUUUAUCUGCUCCUUUUGGAUUCUCCUCAUAGUUCUUGGUGCUUUUCGUAAACCCAUCUUUCUUCUUCUCCUUCUGUUGCUUUGGCACUCUGAACGUUGAUUCUACCUGGUGUGUUUGGUAUUGCCAUCUAUUGAUCUGUUCUUUGUCA